AUGAAAAAUGAUGAAUAGUUUCUUAGUUUCAUGGUUGAGAACGAUGACUCUCAACUUGUGGAAUCUAGACUCUUCAAGGAAAACGAUGACGACUAUUUCAAGUCACUUAGCAAAUAGUUUUAUGGAUCUAAAUCUUAGGAUGGUAUACAAUUCAGUUUGUCAUCUUUCAUAGUAAAGAAGCAAUUGAAGAUAAUAAAAUCGGCAGGAGAUUUAAAAAUGAAACUAUCCAAUACUGUUAAUUUGAACAACGUCUUAAAGCCCUUCUCUAUUAGCUAUUAAUUGCAGUAGUAAAUUCAUAAACUCUUAAGCAAACCUAAGCCAUAAGGUACCAGUUUAUCAAGUUCGUUCAAAACCAACUAGAAAAUUAAUUAAAUGAAGUUAACUUACUAACAGCUCUAAAAUAGAAAAUUAGUUAUUCCAAAAAAUGAAGAUUCCAACAUUUAAACCCAAAACUCGUAUCGGAGCACACUCAAUACGAGCACAAAGAGCUAGCCCAAAAAGGAUAAUGUCUUAGAUUUGUAUUAGAUGAAAUUAAAAACUGAGAGAAGCGUUGAAAAACCUAAAUUAAUUAAAGUCCUCAAAAGAAAUAAAAUUCAUUGA